CUACCGGAAGUUUAAAAAAUAAUUAAAAAAGGUUAGCAAGACUUCGCAACAUCAACGCUACUCCACCCAGUUAUGCGUUUGUUUCUAAUUCUGCGCCUAUCAUAUCAUAUUUUUUACUAUUAAGGAAUAUGAUACUUUAAUAAUUCUUUGUGUUGGGAUAAACUCAACUCAGCGUCACUUAGAAGCUUCUCGGGCUAGCCUAGCUUGCUAGUUAGCUUAGCAUAUUAGCCGCUUACAAAGACAAGCGGAAGUGAUCAACAAAGUGAGAAAAUGUGCAAAGUAGAAAUGCUGAGAGUGUUGGUGAAGCAGCGACUAACUGCUGCCGUGGAAGAAAUAUUUGUAGUGUUAGAAAGAACCAUAGCAGAAUACGAGGAGGAACUUUGUCGCAGCAAAAAGGAGAACGAGCGACUGCUGGAGGCAGUUUUCAACAAACAUCACGUCAGAGAAGAAGAAGAACAUCUUGCCCCUGAGCAGCAGGAGUGGAGCUCCGGGGUGGAGCAGGAGGAGCCGCAGCCCCCCCACAUUAAAGAGGAAGAUGCGGGGGAGACGCAGGAAGAGCCGCAGGACUUCCCGGUGAUCCGCGUCAUCGUAAAGAGUGAAGAUGAGGAAGAAAAAGAUCCGAGGUCCCGGCUGGACGGCGGCGGCUCACAAGCCGGCGGCCUCUUGGCGCCGCUGUCAGACAGCGACGACACCACGUCUCCGGACAGCGACGACGACGACGACUCCAAAGCCGCGACUUGUCCCGCGGAAGAAAAACACAAAUGUCCCCAGUGCGAGAAAAUGUUCGGCAACAAGCGAAACCUGAAGCGACACAUGAGAUGCCACACAGGAGAAAAACCCUUCAUGUGCUCGGUUUGCGGCAAAAGGUUCUCCCGCAAGGACUACCUGACCAUACACACCAGGAAACACACCGGAGAGAAACCCUUCACCUGCUCGGUCUGCAACAGCAGUUUUGGCUUCAACUCGGCCUUGUUCCAACACAUGGAGACCCACUUCGGGGAGAAGCCGCAGUGCCCGGAGUGCCACAAACGCUUUGGCAACAAGAGAAACCUGAUCAGGCACAUGAGACGGCACACGGAGGAGAAACCCUGCGUCUGCUCGUUCUGCGGCGAAGGCUUCGCUCUGAAAAGAAGCUUGAUCAGACACAUCAGGACGCACAUCGGGGAGAAAACGUUUGCCUGCUCAAUCUGCAACACCAGCUUCUGCUACCAGUCCGGUUUGAGUAAACACAUGAAGAAACACACCACUAAAACUGUUUAGCUGGUGUGUGUGCCAUUAAAAUGUAGCCCAGACUGAAGAUCUAUUAUUGUUUGUUCUAUCAUGUCUGAUUAUUUUACAGCCAAAGCUGGUCAUACAUGAGAGUAAAAAUGUAUAUUUCAUUGUGACAGACUCAAGCCGUCGUCUUGCAGGUUCCAGGGACCACCAAGGAAGGACAUGGCUUUAAGCAGGUGUAGACUUCUAUGUUUUACAAUAAGCAAAGUCUUUUGCGUGUUGCUUUUCAGCCUUCCCCGUUGUCUGCGUCUGCCUCUCGCUCUCUUCCGGGUUGCACGUGCUGUUGCUUGUGUUGUCGUCUCUCCCUCUCGUUCCUUCGUUGUUUGAGUUGCUCUCUCUCCGCACUAUCACUACCCUCGUUCUCUCCUCCUUCUCACCUUUUAUACAGCGAGAGGUGAUGCAAUAAUCGUGUACAGGUGUGCGAUCCACACACCUGAUCUCGUUUGUGGCGUCGCUCCCGGCACGCCCUGCCUCGCCGCUCGCUCGCCAUCCCCGCCUCCUCGCUGCCAUCUUGGGCCGGGCUCCAGCGUGCCCUGCCUCUCUGUCGGCUCCGCCUCUCCACAUUUAUAUUUAAUGGACUCCCCUCGUAACUGAUUGUUUUUUGAUAGAUGUGUCAAAGUAGACUUCAGUUACAUUUCCAGAAUUUGCAUGAGUGUGUCUUUUUGUAUUUUGUUUAACUAUGUAAUAGGAAAAAAAAACAAAUCGUUAAGAUGGAAAAAUAUCCCAUUAUGGAUCCGAAAUAAGAACUGAAAUGGAUUAAAAAAAGUGGUUGUUUGCGAUAAAUGUUUCUCCAGAUUGUAUUUAAGACAGUUAAUAAAACUGGAGUGGAAUGUACUCCCAACAUA